GUCGUUCUGAUGCGGGAUUUUGUUUUCAGGGGUUUAAUCGAGAGGGCACAAGAACAAGAGUAGGGAAAGCCACUGGACUGGAGUAGGGAUGGCAAACGGAGAUUUUCCGAAUUUCAUUACUGUUUGAGCAAGAAAGGGGAAAGAGCAGAGAAGAGCGAACAGCUCGAGUGACUGAGUCAGCUUUGGCCGUUGCCGAGGGCCAGCUAGCCAGCCGUCUACUACCUCCGCCGUCUCUGUCUCCUGGUCGGUCCACCGUGUCUGCUAGCCAUCGCGACUGAGAAUAAAAGCAGCCGCCAAAGGAGGCAUUUCGGAACUGGUUGAGUGGUUUAGCAGUCUUGUUACUGGGUGAAAGGAGGGAGAUAGAGGCUGAUAAGUUCGAGUUGAAAUUAUUGAAAGGCUCCUUGAAAACCUAAUUCCAGACUUCUGAGUCUUGCCACGUUGAGCUGAUGGUGUCUCUGGUUCAAACAUCCAGUUUUCCACUCAUUCCUCGGUUUCGCUCUUCACAUCCCGUCCUUGAGGAAGCUCGGGUUCCAUGUCGUUCAGGGGUGAGAUGUCAUGUGGUGGAGCCACUGAAGUUUGAGAAUGGGAAACCCUGCAUCCCAGUCCUUCCUGCUGGCGAACGUUCUCUGCCUAGCUUCUUAACCACACCUCAACUAGGCAACAUUGUCUCUAGUAAGAAUGACACUAGGCUGCGGAUAUUCUCUGGCACAGCUAAUCCUUCUCUCUCACAGGAAAUCGCAUGCUACAUGGGUUUAGAACUCGGGAAAAUUAACAUAAAGCGUUUUGCUGAUGGUGAAAUCUAUGUCCAACUGCAAGAGAGUGUACGAGGUUGUGAUGUAUAUCUUGUGCAGCCCACUUGUCCUCCUGCAAAUGAGAAUCUUAUGGAGUUAUUGAUAAUGAUUGAUGCUUGUCGGAGGGCAUCAGCCAAAAAUAUAACUGCUGUGAUUCCAUAUUUUGGGUAUGCUAGAGCUGAUAGAAAGACUCAAGGGCGUGAAUCCAUUGCUGCUAAACUUGUGGCAAAUUUGAUUACAGAAGCUGGUGCAAACCGUGUUCUUGCUUGUGAUCUUCAUUCUGGGCAGUCAAUGGGUUAUUUUGACAUCCCCGUGGACCAUGUAUAUGGUCAGCCAGUGGUACUAGAUUACCUUGCUAGCAAGAGAAUUUGUUCUGAUGACUUGGUGGUGGUAUCUCCUGACGUUGGUGGUGUAGCAAGGGCUCGUGCUUUUGCCAAGAAAUUAUCAGAUGCACCUCUAGCCAUUGUAGAUAAAAGGCGGCAUGGGCACAAUGUUGCAGAGAGGUAUUAUGCCGCCUAUCAUCUUGUAGGUGAUGAACUUGAUAGGUGAUGUUAAGGGAAAAGUUGCAGUGAUGGUGGAUGACAUGAUUGAUACCGCUGGGACGAUAAGUAAAGGUGCAGCCCUAUUACACCAAGAGGGAGCAAGGGAGGUAUAUGCCUGCACUACACAUGCUGUUUUCAGUCCACCUGCAAUAGAGAGGUUGUCUAGUGGUCUUUUCCAAGAGGUGAUCAUAACAAACACAAUCCCGGUGCUGGAGAAGAACUAUUUCCCCCAGCUCACUAUCUUGUCUGUGGCAAACCUCCUGGGAGAGACCAUCUGGCGGGUUCACGAUGAUUGCUCGGGUGGUUUUGAACCCUAUUCGAGCCUGGGCAUCGACUGACUGAUCAAUCAAUGAACUGUCUGUUGGCAUAUAUUGGAAAGUCCAACGAUAUGGUAAGGGGCAAAAUUGCUUUGCCCAUACAGUGGUCCACAAGAGUAGAGAGGAUGGAAGCAGCUUCAUAUGCAGAGAAGUGAGUGCAAUGGUUAUAUGUGAUGUUUUGUGUUGUCCCUUAGGCUGCUCAGAAAGGCAACAGAGACGAAGCGUUCGUCUCUUGGAAUCAUGAAAGCUACAAUGAGGUGUUGUACUUGUUUGUACUAUCAUCACCAUGAAUAAGAAAGUAUAUAAACAAUGUGUACGGCAUGUCGACCCGUCAUCUUGAGAAACUUGGAAAUCCUCUCCAUCUUUGAUAAUAGAAAAUGUAGUAGUGAUUUGAGUGAACCAAUAAGCUGCUGCUGUGGAAAUGCUGAUGCACGCACACACGCACUUUGCUGUUUGAGGAUUUUUCUAUUUACCCUUUUCUCUGGACUCUGGAGUAUGGAUAAUCUGACUUACCGGAGCUGGUAAAGUUCAAAUGACAUAGGACAAAAACUCGACACGAUUAUAAGAUUGACUCAAAUCAUGCGUGUUAGU